AUGCUAAGUGAACCCCAGUUUGAGUUACUGUAUGGUGGCCAAACUGCUUCAGAGUCUCAGACCUUUGUAUUUGAAACUGGUUGGAUUUUUAAGAGUGUGGACAGAUUAAAAAUGCCUGAUACAGUCAUUAUGACAGUCUGUUCUGACACAAUCUACCCCUCACAUCUGAUGGAGGGGCUGUCGUCAGUCACCAAGAACAAUGGACUACUCAAUAUCACCUUUAAAUACGACAACUGCACACCUUACCUGAAUUCGGUGGGGAAACACGUGAUAGGAGAUGUACAGAACAUCACCCUCAGUCAGCAAGCGUGUUACGAGCAGGUUGCAGUGACAAUACUUUGGACAGCAAAUGCCAUUGGGAUUGAAUACCUGAAAGGAUUUCGAGUGAUACUUGAGGAGUUAAAAUCAGAAGGAAGACAAUGCCAGCAGAUUCUUUUAAAAGAUCCAAAGCAGCUCAGCCCCAAUUUCAAACGAACAGGAAUGGAAUCCCAGCCCUUUGUAAAUCUGAAGUUUGAAACAGAUUACUUUAUAAAGAUUGUUCCUUUUCCAUCCAUUAAAAAUGAAAGUAAUUAUCACCCGUUUUUCUUCCGAACUAGACCAUGUGAAUUGUUGCUACAGCCAGAAAACCUUGUCUGCAAACCUUACUGGAAGCCAAGGAAUCUGAAUGUUACCCAGCAAGGUUUUAACAUGCAAGUGUCCUUUGAUCAUGCACCUCACAACUUCGGGUUUAGGUACUACUUUCUUCACUAUAAACUGAAACAUGAAGGGCCAUUUAAGCAAAAGGCCUGCAAACAGGAACAAAACACAGAUACUACAAGUUGUGUUCUUCAGAAUGUAUCUCCAGGGGACUAUAUAAUUGAGCUGGUUGAUGACACUAAUACAACAAGGAAAACAAUGCACUAUGCGCUAAAACCAGUACAUUCUCCAUGGGCUGGACCAAUAAGAGCUAUUGCCAUCACAGUGCCUUUAGUUGUCAUUUCAGCAUUUGCAACACUUUUCACAGUGAUGUGCCGCAAGAAACAGCAAGAAAAUAUAUAUUCCCAUCUAGAUGAGGAGAGCUCAGAAUCUUCAGCAUAUGCUGCAGGUCUCCAUGUGGAAAGACUUCGUCCCCGACCAAAAGUGUUCAUCUGCUAUUCCAAUAAAGAUUGCCAGAAACACAUAAAUGUCAUCCAGUGCUUUGCUUAUUUUCUUCAGGACUUUUGUGGCUGUGAGGUGGCUCUAGAUUUGUGGGAAGAUCUAAAAAUUUGCAAAGAAGGUCAGAAAGAGUGGCUUAUUAAAACAAUAAAUGAGUCCCAGUUUGUCAUCAUUGUGUGUUCCAAGGGAAUGAAAUACUUUGUUGACAAGAAGAACUGGAAACACAGAGGGGUAACCAAAGAUGCAGGGAAAGGAGAACUCUUCCUGUUUGCUGUGCUGACUGUUGCAGAGAAGCUUCGCCAAGCAAAGCAGAAUUCAAAUGACCUCUGCAAGUUCAUUGCAGUCUACUUUGAUUACUCCUGUGAAGGAGACAUCCCCAGUAUUCUGGAUCUAAGUACAAAAUACAAACUCAUGGACAAUCUCCCUCAGCUGUAUUCACAUUUACACUCCAGAGAUCUUAGUGUGCAGGAUUCAGAGGUGUUUCCUGUUAACAUUAGUAAAAGAAAUUAUUUCAGGAGCAAAUCUGGGAGGUCACUUUAUGUUGCCAUUUGCAAUAUGCAUCAGUUCAUUGAUCAGGAACCAGAUUGGUUUGAGAAACAAUUUAUUCCUUUUCCUCCACCUUCUUUACAUUACUCAGAGCCUGCAAUGGAAAAAUUUGAUUCGGGUUUAGUUUUAAAUGACUUGGUGAAUAAACAGGUGAUGGAUGGUGAAUUUUACCUGAAAACAGAUGUAAAUAUUACUUCAGCAGGGAAUUCAGACUCUCGCUGUGUAAUUCAGCACUUAAACCUUGGAGAAGAUAUAGAAACUGAGGACACUCAAGGUAGUGGCAGCUCUGUUCUUCAGCCGUUGUUACAUGUUGUUAAAGCUUCAAAUCUGAAAGAUACGCCUCGAGAUUCCGGAAUCUAUGACUCGUCUGUUCCUUCAUCUGAAUUAUCUCUACCUUUGAUGGAAGGACUAUUGACAGACCAAACUGAAACAUCUUCCAUUACAGGAAGUGUUUCUUCAUCAUCAGGUUUAGGGGAAGAAGAACCUCCUGUAAUUACUGCUACAAAAUUCUUAGUGCCUGGAAUCUGUAAAGCAGAACUUCAUUGCUAUAUCCAUACUGAUGAACUGCAGGCAAUUGCUCCUUUAUAACACAUGACAACAUGGUUAUGCAUUGCCACUUUAUCAACAGCCUCUCUUUGAACUUCACCUACCACACUGUCUCAGCACUAAAUCUACUUGAAGGAACAAGUCCUUCCUGAAGAAUAUGAUAAUUUAUUCCUAAUGGAUUUUUUUUUAUGGCCAGUAAACUUGAAUCUGUUAGUCUUUAAUGCCUUUCAUAAUUUGAAAACCACAACAUGGAAAAAUAGAUGAGAAUACAUUUCAGAAUUAUUCCUAAUUUAAAUGUCAUGGUAUUACACUGUUUACAGAUGCCAUGAUAAAAAUUCACUUUUUUU